AUGCAGACCCGCGCACAGGGCGGAGAAGAAAAUGCGAAACAGAAAAGACAAAAAGCAAGGGAAAGAAAUAAAAAAAAAGUCAAAUGCGAGACAGAACAGAACAAAAAUGCUCAAUUAGGAGCGUGGAGAUCCCCCCGGACUCUCUCCGUUAUCAGUCCGGAGCCUCGCUGUGCUCCGUGUGGAACUCCUUUUCCAUCCGAGCUCUUUCAGAUUUGGGAUUCAACCCUUGAAGGUGCCUAUAUUCUUAGUCAAGAUGUCACUAACGACCAGUGA